AUGGUUGAAAAAGGGGAGGCAAAUUAUCCCGAGGCCCUGUUCGCGAGGCUGGAAGACUCAUUGGAGAAGGCCAUCGAAGAUGGCGUAUUUCCCGGUGUGGUAGUGGCAGCGACAAAUAAGACUGGAUCUCUGCGAUAUGUUAAGGCAUUUGGGAGAUCUGCCUGCAAUGACACGGGCGUACCGUUGUCGCCCCAAUCCGUUAUGGCCUUUGCGUCUAUGACCAAGCUUAUGACUUGCAUCGCGGCGUUGCAACUAGUUGAACGAGGAACUAUAAGUCUAGAUGAUGACGUUGGACCUCUACUUCCCGAUCUAGCGCAGUCAAAGAUACUUACAGGAUGGGACAAGGAAGGCAUACCGCUCCUGAGAGAACGCCAAAAUCCGAUUACUCUUCGACACCUCCUGACGCACACUGCCGGGACAGGCUAUGAUAUGACGAACUCGGAUCUAGCCAGGUUUUCAGCGUGUCAAGGUCGGCACAUUAACUCUGGCGAGACGGUCAAGGAAAGAUUUGGAUACCCUUUGACUUACGAGCCAGGGACGAGUUUCGAGUAUGGUUGUGGUAUCGACUGGGUUGGUCAGCUAGUGGAAAAACUAUCUGGUCAGGAUCUAGAAAGUUAUAUGCAGGAGAAUAUCUGGGGUCCGCUUGGAAUACAGGGAAUUACCUUCUGGCCAGCAGCUAAGCCAGAUAUCCGCAAUAACCAAAUCCGCAUGGCAAUUAGGGAACCCAACUCAGAACGUGUGACCGACUUCACAGGACGAUUCUUAACUGAAGGGGUAACAGAAUGCUUUGGUAGCCAAGGUGCUUAUGGGGACAUGGAGAGUUACUUAGAAAUUCUCUUCUCACUACUAGUUGAUGACGAGAAGCUGUUGAGUCGGCAGACCACAGAAAAAUUGUUUAGCCCGCAGCUGAGCCACUCAAGCAAGCAUUCGCUGAAUGAAUACAUCAGAAACCACCCCCCGAAUGCGUUCAUUGGCAUAUUCGAUACCGAAUCCGAAUAUGACUGGGGGCUCGGCGGCAUACUGACCACGCAAGAUACGCCGUCGGGGCGACAGAAGGGAACACUAAUCUGGAGCGGAAAGCCAAAUUUAUUCUGGGUAUGUCCUCCCAGCCUGCGGAUAUUAGUUAUAGGUCCACUGACGUAG